UUUGACUCUCUCUAUCACUUACCAUACACUGAUGGAUCUUCUCUUUGAAUUACCAUACACUGCGAUAAGACUUUAAAAAUGUCGAUUUGUGCACGACCAACCCCACUAUUUCUCCAACAGAACCCUCUGUAUAAAUAUUUAAUAUCUGAACACAUAUUCCAAAUUCCAUAUCAUAUCGUUUAAGCUCAUCAUUAUGACUCCUACAAAGUAUACCAUCAGCUCAUCUCAAAUAGAAGACGAUAAAAUUAUAAUUGAAUUUGAUAACGUUGGUAAAUCAAAAUUCCAUUCAAUUUGGCUUCGUGAUAAUUGUCAUUGUCAAAAAUGUUAUUAUGAUUCAACCAAACAAAGAUUAGUUAAUUCAUGUUUAAUUAAUCUUGACAUUAAACCUAAACUGAUUUCUUCUGAGAAGGAUCAAUUGACGGUCUUCUGGAUUGAUGAUAACGAAGAUAUUCAUAAAUCGAUUUACAAAUCAGAUUGGUUAGCGUUACAUGCAUACAAUCCAGUUAUAGUUAAGGAAAAAUUACCACCUCUGAUUAAUCAAGAAUUAUGGCAAGUUAAAGAUAUUGAAAAUAAUCUCCCCAAAAUUGAUUUUAAUCAAGUUAUGGAAGAUGAUAAUGUUAGAAAAGAUUGGAUAUUUAAAAUUUGGAAACAUGGAUUUUGUUUAAUUGAUAAUGUUCCAGUUAAUUUAAAGGACACAAAGAGAUUAUGUGAAAGAUUAGAUUAUAUUAGACCAACACAUUAUGGAGGCUUUUGGGAUUUUACAUCAGAUUUACUGAAGAAUGACACUGCUUACACAAACUUUGACAUUUCUUCACAUACUGACGGGACCUAUUGGUCUGACACUCCAGGUUUACAAUUAUUCCAUUUACUUUAUCAUGAUGGAACUGGUGGUACAACAUCACUUAUUGAUGCAUUUAAAUGCGCAGAAAUUAUGUCGCAGAAACAUCCAGAAAGUUUUAAAUUCUUAACAAAAUUACCAAUUCCAGCACAUUCUGCAGGAGAGGAAACUGUUUUAAUUCAACCAGAUGUACCACAACCAAUUUUUAAAUUGGAUGACCAAGGGAAAUUGAUUCAAGUAAGAUGGAAUCUUUCAGAUCGUUCCACCAUGAAUAAUUGGGAAGAUCCAAAUGAUGUACCAAAGUUUUAUGAGGCUAUCAAACAAUGGUAUAAGAUCAUCACUGAUAAGGAAAAUGAAUUUUUUUACCAAUUGAAACCUGGUCAAGUUUUGAUUUUUGAUAAUUGGAGAUGUUUCCAUUCAAGAACAGAAUUUACUGGUAAAAGAACAAUGUGUGGAGCUUAUUUUAAUCGUGAUGAUUUUAUAUCUAUGGUUAAAUUAAUGGAUUUAGGGAGAGAUGUAUUACUUGAAAGUUUAUGAGAGACGAAGAUACAUUUGGGAAAAAAAGAAAAGCAAGAAAGAAAGAGGUAAAACCCCCCGAUUAAAUUAAAGUGUUGUUUUUGUAUGAUGGUUGACAACAUUAGAUAAGAAAUUGAGUGAAUUUUAAAGGGAAAUUUU